GUCCCAUUCAGGAGAUUUUUUCUUCACUUCCUGUCCCAUAGCCAGAACAGGAAGUUAAUGGAAAUCCCUCCAAAAAGUGAAGGAAUCCCAGAACUAGUGAAAGUUUUAUUGAAAUAUUUCCCCUCUAUUCCUCUUCUGGUGACAACCCUAAAAUUCAGGAUUUUCUUUACCUCUCAGCCAGGGGCGGACUGACAACUCAUGGGGCCCCCAGGCAAUAGGGGAUCAUGGGGCCCCUGUGUCCUUGCCCAAACUCAAAAAAAAGCCUAUGAAAAAGGUACCAGGGGCAUCUCAUGGGGCCCCCUACUGACCCCGGGCCCUCGGGCAGUGCCUGAGUUACCAAAUGGUCAGUCCGCCCCUG